AUGUAAGGCUAAGGUACAUACACUUAUAAAAACGGUUCCAAAUAUACUGGAUUAUUUAAAGAUAACAAAUUUAAUGGCCAAGGGCUUUUAAUAACACCUUAAUUUAAAAUAAAUGGCGUUUUUUCCGAAAAUAAAGCAAAUGGAUAUUGCACAGUUGAAUAUACAAGCGGAAGUAGAUAUUCAGGGGAAUUAUAGAACAAUUUAAAAUAAGGUAAGGGUGUUUUAAUGGAUGAAAAUAUAAUAUAUGAAGGUGAAUUUAAAAAUGAUAAAUUUCAUGGAUAAGGAAAAAUUGCAUUUAAAAAAAGCGGUAUUAAUUAUACAGGCGAAUUUAAGUUUGGAAAAAUGAAUGGGAAAGGAAUUUUUAUAGGAAAAGAUUAUGUAUAUGAAGGAGAAUUUUAGGACUCGAAGAAAAAUGGGAAAGGUUAAAUA